ACAUCCCAACUGUGAUCACACGCUUCGAUAUCCUUGUUCCAGAUCAUAUGCUCACUAGUGCGGCCUCAGCAUUUGAGACUGAUGGCUGGGAAAUCUCUACGACUCCUCUGCCGCGUGCGCUUCCUGGCCUUUGGCAGACAGGAUGGAAGGUGGUUGCAGAGGCGUGCCGCCGAUUUCAUUUCCCGCCCUCCGUCAAUCCCCGGUGUUAUGACCUCGAACUCGUUAUUCUUCCGACUACUUUUGUUGGCCUCGGCUCAAGCCCAUCCCUAGACUCCGAGGAAUAUACAAAGAUGGAAUCGCUUGGGCCCAACGUGUAUCUACCUUCCAGCCAUCUCAUGGCAAGAUCCAUUGCGCGAACUCAUAUCAGCCACGCUGAAAAAGGUACCAAUUUCUACUUCCUGCUGCGUGCGUGGGCCGAAUAUUUCUACCUCUAUUGCAAUUUCCACGCGGGAUCGUUGGACGAUGCCGAAGAAGACGUUCAAAAGUUCUGGCGCUCUAUAUCACCAGCGAACUGGCAGGUUAAAGGGGAGUGACGUAAGUAGGACCCUAUGCUUUCCAGCAGUCAGAUGGAGUGUAUUGGGGGGAGAUGUGGCUAGUACUGUAGGUCAACUGACUGAUGAUUUCCCGAUAUGCAUUAUUACUCGUCCCUUGUACCUGACUUUGUGUAAUUGUAUGCGUAACAUUAUAAUUCAAGCCAGUUACCUGGUUUCUAUACUAGUAUUUAAUAGCCUUGUACUAUCUCAAGC